AUGAAAUUCGGUCGCAAUCUUGCCCGAAACGUGGUGCCGGAAUGGAGUUCCUCCUACAUCAGAUACAAGGCCUUGAAGAAGCUGAUUAAAUCGGCCGCCGAGGAUGUGAAGGCGGGAAAAGAAGCUGACCUUGCUGGGUUCUUCUACUCGCUCGAUCGAAACCUCGAGGAUGUCGAUCUCUUUUAUAACAAGAAGUUUGCGGAGUUCUCCCGCCGACUGAAGCUUCUGGAGGACCGCUAUGGACAUUCCAUGGUCGUAGGCCAGCGCCUCGAGCCCGAAGAUGCCGAGGAUCUUCUGGCCGCCUUGCUCGAGCUUCGUGGGCAGCUCCGAAAGCUGCAGUGGUAUGGCGAGGUCAACCGUCGGGGCUUUAUCAAAAUCACCAAGAAGCUCGACAAAAAGGUCCCGGGGGCUGAUGCUCAAAAGCGAUACCUCGAGACCAAAGUCGACCCGUCACCGUUUGCCACCAAUGCUCGUCUGUCCGAGGCUAUGACCAGGAUUAAUGAAUGGCUCUCCGUCCUUGGAGAUCAGAAAGUCCAGGACGAUUCGAGCUCGACCAAGUCGUCUUCAUUGUCUCUGCAGAGAGUCUCUUCUCGCCCCACACUGAACCUUCCCUCCAGUCUCCUGGUGGCUGUUGAUGAGGCGCUUCGCAAGGACGACACUCCUGUCCUCCUGGAGCUGCUUGAAACGCUCAAAAUUGCCGCCGAUGAACAAGGCGACACGAUCUAUCCCAAGGUCCUGAAGAGCUUGUUGCAGCGGGCCAUCUUUUCCCGGGCGAGAUCUUCGAUCACCGCACUGCUGGGGAAGAUCGACUCUCUUGAAGAAGAUGACGAUAUCAACAAGCGCAACUGUAUUCACCGACUCGUCAUUUCCAUCGGUCGGACACAGUCUACGACCGACUCGGAGCAGUCGGCAACCUCAGUCCUUGAAUUUCCUGUGGAGACGAAUUACAUUACGCCUGCCGCUCCUCCUAGUUUACAACCCUCCCGUCCUGUCGUCAAGGAGACCAACCAGCCCCAACUGCUCGACAGGAAUGAUCCGUCGGUAUCUCUUCUGCAACAUCUAUUGGACAAUCUCCGUCCUCACCAGCGGUCAGCUCUGCUGGCUAAAGACAUCUCCGGCCGCACUCCUCUCCACUAUGGCGCGCAGUACGGUUUCAAAGUGGUUUGCGAAAUCAUUAUUGAACACCUACAGGCGUGGGACAUGUUCGACGUCAGUGAAGGGAUCGACGGCCCGAAAUGGCAAGAUAAUGAAGGCUGGGCUCCGCUUCAUCUAAGUGUGGUAGGGGGUCAUCCAUUGACGACUCGAACGCUCCUCAAUGCGGAGAAUUGGAAAGGCCCUGCGGAAGACAAGGCUGCAAUUCGAAAAAACGUCUCCAAAUCCAGUGCCGUAUUGGCUCUGGCGACCAAGGCGAACUUUGUCGAUAUUGUUCAGCUUCUGGUCGAAGCGGGAGUCGAUAUUAACUAUCAGGACGAGCAGGGUGAAACUGCUCUCCAUGUUGCGGCCCGGUUCGGUCAUGACCAGUGCGCCAAAAUCUUAUUGGAAGGCACUGAUGAACAGAAGGCGAACACCGAGAUCGCUGAAUACACAUACUCAUGGACCCCUCUCUUCAUUGCUUGCGUGGAUGGAUCGCUGGGUGUGGCGGAAUUGCUCAUAGCAGCCGGGGCUGACGUCGAAAGAUGCGACUCAUCUGGCUGGACUGCUAAAGAGCAUGCGGCACUUCGAGGUCAUCUGGAGAUUGCCAGACGAUUGGCGGAAGUGACGCCGCCUCCGGACGUGUCAUCAGAAAGUGAGGUCGCGAUUCCUGUGCCUGCUUCAUCCUCCCCAUCCUCACCUCCUCUGCAGUCAUCAAUCGCGGAGCGGAAGUCUAACGGUAGUGCCGGGAGUUCUGGCUUACGAACUACUGAGCCUAUUAAGUCUUUUGGACACCGGUAUCUCACCGAUGAGAGCAUGAUCUUGGUCAGUCUGGGUACCACGGACAUGCGAAAGCCCGUUCCUGCAGUCAACCUGGACCGUAUUCCUAUCGCGAGUGCUCAUUCCACUCAACUGGAUACUGCACUCUCUGUCGUUGUCUCCGCAAGUGGUGCACGUGGAGACCCGGAGAUUAUCGACCUCCCGAUUCAAGACAGUAUUUCUACCGAGCCGAUCACAUUCUACACCAAAGACGCUGCUAAUGUCAAACUUCUCUUCGACCUCAUCCCUACCUACGCGGGUUCGAAAGACCAGGUAAUCGGCCGUGGCGUUGCUUUACUUUCCAGUAUCAAGCCAACUGUCGGUUCGCAUCGUAUGAGCCUGAAGGGCGACUCCACCAUACCCAUUGUCGCCGCCAGCACCCUCGAAGUGAUCGGCAGCAUCACCUUCAAUUUCCUCGUCAUCACUCCGUUUAGUCAUCCGAAAAUGUCCAUUAAGGGCGACCAGACCUAUUGGAAGAGUAUUACUGCGCCCAUGGUCAUUGGGCAUCGAGGUGAUUAUUCACAUUUCCUUUCGCUCAUCUGCCCUGUGUUGUAUCCCCUAACCCAUAUCUUUUUGAAGGCCUCGGAAAGAAUUUCGCGAGCCGCAAGUCGCUCCAACUGGGUGAAAACACGAUACAGUCUUUCAUUGCUGCAGCAAACCUGGGCGCAUCCUAUGUUGAGUUUGGACCAUGUUCCUGUGAUCUAUCACGAUUUCCUUGUCAGCGAGACAGGCAUUGAUGCUCCUGUCCAUACCUUAACCCUGGAACAGUUCCUCCAUGUGAGCAAUAGUCGCUCUAAUGUGCGGCCUGGAGGCACUCCAGCCCAGAACAUGGAGAAUGGGAUCCGGGAAGCGACUGUACGGCAGCGAUCCAUGUCUGUCGGGGGCUCCAUCGGAUUCGAUCCCACAGAACUCAGCGAGAAGAUGAAGCAUACUCGUGAUUUCAAAAAGAAGGGGUUCAAAGGUAACAGCCGGGGUCAUCACAUUCAAGCACCAUUUGCCACUUUGGAAGAUCUGUUCAAGAAGCUUCCCAAAUCUGUCGGCUUCAACAUUGAGAUGAGAUCGCCAGAGUACCCCAUGCUCCACGAGAGCGAAGAGGAGGAAAUGGAUGCGUAUGCUGUCGAGCUCAACUCGUUUGUGGAUACGGUUCUCACCAAGGUAUACGACCUUGGCGAGGGCCGCAACAUGAUUUUCUCGAGUUUCAAUCCGGACGUAUGUCUGCUGUUAUCCUUCAAGCAGCCUUCCAUUCCGGUGUUGUUCUUGACGGAUUCCGGUUCUCAUCCCGUGGGCGACGUUCGCGCCAGCAGCCUGCAGGAAGCGAUUCGUUUCGCUUCGAGGUGGAACCUUCUUGGGGUCGUGUCGGCCGCCGAACCUUUCGUUCUCUGCCCGCGUCUCGUCCGGGUUGUCAAAGAAUCAGGUCUCGUUUGUGUGUCGUACGGAGUACUGAACAACGAACCUGAAAACGUCAAGCUCCAAGUUGCGAAAGGCAUCGAUGCUGUCAUUGUCGACUCCGUGCUUGCUAUUCGGAAAGGGCUCACGGAGAACCAAGACAAGGAGACACCGAAACCGUCACCGCGGUCUGAGCCGCAGUCGUGUGCGGAAGGCAUUAAAGAUACUCUCGACAUCCCGGUUUUGAAUGGGAAGUGA